CGCCACGUCAGCCAAAACCGCUCUUAAAACCACCGAGGGAUCUCAUCUGCACCGGUUUUGAUAGUUGAGGGACCCGUUGUGUCUGGUUUUUCGGUUGAGGGACCUCAAAUGAACUUAUUCCUUUUUUUUUUUUCGAACCUUCUCGAGAGGAGAGGCGUCGGGGCGGGGGGAAUGGCGUCGUGGGAGGAGCAGCUGCGGGACGAGCUCGCCGGCCGAGACCUCGCCGUCGCCUCCGUCCCCGGGAAGGGCCGCGGCCUCUUCGCCGCACGCAGCUUCUUCCCAGGAGAAGUCGUUAUUUCGCAAGAGCCUUACGCUUCUACACCAAACAAGAUUUCUGUGGGCUCCAACUGCGACAAUUGUUUCGCCUCCAGAAACCUGAGGAAGUGCUCCGUUUGUCGAGUUGCUUGGUACUGUGGGAGUGCGUGUCAGAGAGAAGAAUGGAAGCUUCAUCAACUUGAAUGUCGAGCAAUCGCCGCGCUUACAGAGGAUAGAAAGAAGAUGCUUACUCCCACAAUUCGUUUGAUGGUGCGGCUUGUACUUAGAAGAAAACUGCAGGAUGACAAGGCUAUUCCAUCUUCAGGAACAGAUAACUACAAUCUAGUGGAUGCAUUAGAAUCCCACAUCUCCGAGGUUGAUAAAAAUCAACUGGUUUUAUAUGCUCAGAUGGCCAAUCUUGUCCAACUGAUUCUUCCUUCAUUCGAGCUUGAUCUUAAGGAAAUUACACAUACCUUUUCCAAGUUUGCCUGCAACGCUCAUACCAUAUGUGAUCCUGAACUGAGGCCCCUUGGGACUGGACUAUACCCUGUUUUAUCUAUUAUUAACCACAGUUGUGUACCAAAUGCAGUUUUGAUAUUUGAAGGUCGGACAGCAUAUGUUCGUGCAUUGCAACCUAUAAGUAAAAAUGAGGAGGUAUCAAUAAGUUACAUUGAAACUGCGGCAACCACUAUGAAGAGACAGGACGAUCUCAAGCACUACUACUUCACUUGCACAUGUCCCCGUUGUGUUAAGGAUUCUGAGGAAGAUGCGCUCCUUGAGGGAUACAGAUGCAAUGACCAAAAGUGUGAUGGAUUUCUUCUGCCUAAUGCAGGAAACAAAGGUUAUACAUGCCAGAAAUGUAGCACUUCUAGAGAUGGGGAAGAGUUACAAAAGAUGGCUAGCGAUGUACUACUAUUAUCUGACAAAGUCUCUUCCUUAGUUUCAUCUGGAAUAGAUAACAGUGAGGUAGGUUCUAUGUACAAGACCAUUGAAGAGCUAGAGCGGAAGCUUUACCAUCCUUUGUCAAUCACUUUGCUUCACACACGGGAAACACUCUUGAAGAUAUAUAUGGAGUUACAAGAUUGGCAGACUGCAUUGAUGUAUUGCAGAUUGACAAUUCCAGUUUAUGAAAGAAUUUACCCACCUUUUCACCCAAUGAUUGGAUUACAGUUCUAUACUUGCGGAAAGCUUGAAUGGUUGCUUGAGUACACAGAGGAUGCUCUGAUGUCUUUAACCAGGGCAGCAGAUAUACUUCGCAUAACGCAUGGGACUAAAUCCGAGUUCAUGAAGGAACUUUUGGGCAAGCUAGAAGAAGUAAGGGCUGAAGCUUCUUUUAGGCUCUCGGCUGGAGAUGAACAAUAAUUGAGUAACCAUUUUAUUGUGAAGCUCCAGGUCAUCGUGAUGGCAAAUAGAAUGUAACAAUGUUGCAACAAUGUUCAAAUAGGAUAGUACUAAGUAGACAAUCUCUAAAUUUAGAAUAGCUUUGUUAAUUCAACAUUGGGAUAUAAGCUGCCCUGAAGGGCUCGCAUCGGGACAAGAACUGUGAACUGGUGAUAUGGAAAAUUCAUUGUUCACCUAUAAAGUGUGGGUUUUAACUUUA